AUUACCAAUCUUCAUCGAUAUUCACAUUAGAAUUGUCGUCCGAAUCAACAAUAACAUGCAGAUGAACCUGGCUCAAUUGAUAAAACUAUUACUUGUUGCAAGUUUUUUUGUUCCGUCAGUCAAUGGAGACAAUGAGAACAAGUGUGUUCCGGAUGAUAUUGCCACAUUGCCGGACGACUGUUUGACCAUUGAAGGCAAGAAGCUGAUCAUCACAGGGAAAGACAGUGAGAUGGAUAAGGUGCGCAACAAAUUGAAACAAGUUCGUCGAAUCGAGAGCGGACUAGAAGUCGAUGGUACCGAUUUGGAAACGUUUGAUCUUCUACCACAAGUCGAACAAAUCCUGAAUCCAGACGGUCCUGCCAUUAUUUUCAAGAACAAUGGGAAGCUCCAGAGAAUCCUAAUGCCGAAGUUGCUGGCUUUGAAUGGAAAAGACGAAGAUGUGCAGUUUGAGAAUGACAAUUUCCCAUCUGCAGCUUACACGGAAGUCACCUCAAGUCGUGACCUGUUAAUACUGGAAUCAAAGUCCCGCGCUUCACACUCACGUAAAGAAUGCUCGGCGGGCUUCUUUCAAUUCAAGACUGAAGAAUCAUCUGGCAUGAAUGCAAUUGUCAUCGGACUUAUCAUUGCUUGCGUCAUCGCUUUUCUGGCAAUCAUUGGACAAGGAUACUUCAUGUACAAGCACUGGAAUGACAAUGAUGAUUCGGAUACAUCGAAAAGAUCAAAUGAAGCGUCCGAAAAGUUGCCACCAACUGCUGGAAGUAAGAUGGAAGAUCCGAAAAUGAAGUGAACUGCACAGAAAUAAAAUAAAUUAUUUUUAAAGUGU